GCCAGGCCCGCCUCGGUUUCUUUGUGCUCGGCAUCGGCGGCGGGUACUUGCUGGCAGCCUCUCUGUGUGUGACUAGCUGAGCUCGGCUGUUGGCGGCCGUUUUCCCUCACAGAACCGGCCUCGGUCUGACAGACCUGACCCUUCUCUCUCUGCCUGCCGUCGCCGCCGCCCUUUGGAGCUGCCGCCAUGUCGCUGGGAUCCGGUCCGGAGGCAGGUUUCUCCAGCGAAGAGCUGCUGACCCUGCGCUUCCCUCUGCACCGCGCCUGUCGCGACGGCGACUUGCCGGCUUUGUGCGCUCUGCUGCAGAGCGCGCCCCGCGAAGACCUGGCAGCCGAGGACUCCUUCUACGGGUGGACCCCCAUCCACUGGGCCGCGCAUUUCGGAAAGUUGGAGUGCUUAAUGCAGUUAGUGAGAGAGGGAGCAACUGUAAAUGCCUGUACAACACGUUUUGCCCAAACACCAGCACACAUUGCUGCUUUUGGAGGACAUCCUCAGUGCCUCAUCUGGUUAAUUCAGUCAGGAGCCAACAUAAACAAACAGGAUUAUGUUGGUGAAACUCCUAUUCACAAAGCAGCCCGGUCUGGUAGUAUGGAGUCCAUAAGUGCCCUUGUGGCUCAUGGAGCUCAAAUAGACUUGAGAAAUGCCAGUGGCCUGACAGCAGCAGAUCUUGCACAUACCCAGGGCUUCCAGGAAUGUGCUCAGUUGCUCUUGAACCUCCAGAACUGCGCGCUGAACCAUUUCUAUAGCAAUGGCACCUUAAAUGGAAUUCAUCAGAAUACCAGCCUCAAUAAUGGUGCAAGUCGAAAACGGUCUUUUGAGCAUAUGGAGAGUGCUGGAAUUAAGAAAGCCAGGACUGAAGGUCAAAGUUUUGAUGGCUUAAUACCAAUUACAAAUGGAGGAACUGAAGAUGAUGCUGACAAUAUGCAUGUUGAUAGAGAAUUUGCUGUUAUAUCAGAUAUGAACUGCAGUAACUCCAUAUUGAAUGCAUUGACAAAUGGAUAUAUCCUCAAUGGACAUUUGGACUCCAGCUCCCCAGCUCAGCUCCAUGGAAUGAGGGCCAGGCGUGAAGAAUGCCUAUCACUUAUAGUACCCAAUGAAAUAGCAUCUACUAAUAAGCAUACAAUUAAUGUUGGUAAUGGUGCUGAGGAGCCAGAAAAAGUUAUAAAUCCUUCUGAUAUGUGUGGUUCUUUGCAUCUGAAUGGAAGCCCUAGUAGCCUUGUGUCAAGCAGGCCCUCAUGGGUGGAGGACCUUGGAGAUACAUUGCACUAUGGACAUUAUCAUGGUUUUGGGGAUACUGCUGAAAGUAUUCCUGAACUUAACAGUGUUAUUGAGCAUUCCAAUUCUGUUAAAGUUGCACAGAAAUAUGAUAAUACUGUCUUGGGUACAAUGCAUCUUUAUCAUGGCUCCUAAGGUGUACAUACCACACUUUGUGGAUGUAAACAUAUAUUUUGAAAAAGUACUAUUAAACAAUGUAGUGGAGAUGGUGGUAUCAUCCGAAGGAUGCUUCAAGUAACAGUUUUUUUACACAAUGUUUGAGAGAAAUUGCCACUUGACAGCCUUAUGCUUCUAGUUUGCAUGCACAGGGUUCUUUAGUUACAUGAAUAGGUGCUUUUACAAUGGAAUGUGUGGUCUUUUUUAUGACGAGUUCUAGUUUUGUACUUUUUUUAUUUCUAAGCUAUAAACACUCUAGAUGUUUUUGUUCUCACUUGCAUUAAGCUCUUUCACUAAAUUUUUUGGGGGGAAGUUGGUUUUUGAUAUUAGCAAAAGUCAAUUCUCCAAUUAAGAUUUUCUGUUGAAGCUAUGGUAAGCAAUAACCGUGCCAGCUAUGACUAUGCAAGGAGUGGAUGGUUACAGUAAAAACACUUGGUGUAUUUGCUCACUUCCCAAAACAAGAAAAAGGUGAUUUUCCCCUCUUGAAUUGCAUAUAAACUAGCCUGCUUAAAAUGAAGUGAUGAUUGAAUAGUACUUUAAAUGUUUCACUUUAUAUUUAGAUAGUUUGUCCUCUGUGCGCACACACAGCUAGCAUUUCCGUAUUUUAUUCCGAAAUGCGGAUCUGAAAGAUAUUUCCUAUUUUUUGCUUCCCUAAAGAUAUGCAUGGUAUUUUACCAUAGCUCACAGAAUGGCAUGUUGGCAUUGUUUUACUGUGUAUCUGAAUUACAAAAACUUGUUGAAAUGUCUGGUCAAUAUAUUUCAGCUUUAUGUUCUGUUAUAUGCACAUAUUAUGUUUUUGUGGGUUUCCCCAAGAAAAUAUAUUGUUUUGAAACUAAUGUGUAUCUCCACCCCAAAGUUAGGGGUUGUUUUUUUAAGCCAAAUUCAGUGGGAAUAUAAUUGACGGUUGAAUAGAUGGUAUAUGUAGAAGAUUUAUGUGUGCACUGCAAAAGCUCUGUAAAAUUACUACUUUUGUGAUUUUCUGUAAAAUUCAGAUGGAUAAAGAAAACAUUGAACUAAAACAAAUGUAUGUCGUUUGUAUCUUGUUUCCAAAGGGACCUUUAUAAAUUGAAUUAAAAAUUUAAAAAAUUAAAUUUCAUCUUGCAUUUUACUUAUAAAUUUGUGCAACAA